UCUUAAGAUCCUUAGAUUUUUCGAAACAAAUUAUUAGCUUGCAUUUCUUAAUGAAUAUAAAACUACAACAAUAUAAAACAUGCACAAACUCACCUAAGUUAAGCAAAGAAAUAAAACGUUUAUUAUUACAAUAAAGGUAUUCAAAAUCAUUGCCGUACAGUAUAUGCACGACAUAAACUGCUUGAUAGCGCGUCUCCCACUAGCAGAAUAACAAUAAUAUAAUACAUUUGGUGCGAAUCGAGGUCGGUACAUGUUCACACCUUAAACGAACCGUACCAGAGUUCGUUUGGAACCGGACCGAGACCACCUCUUCAGCUGGGUCUCGGUGCGGUUGUUUGGUCCGCACCAGAGUUCGAUUGCUGUAUUCACACCUGCCCAAAAGGUCCGCACCAAGGGGGGAAACGAACUUAAGUUCGAUUUAAUCGAACCAAACAAGGUAGGUGUGAAUACACCCUAAGUGUUCAGGUAAACGCUAUAAUAGGAUUUAUUAAUCGGAAGGAUUUUAAUCCGAUGGAGGCAAAAUGUGUCCAUGUAAACGUAGCUAGUGAUUCGAUAGUGGACUGGUACUUUGAUGUCACAUGAGCAUGUGGAUCUGCAAACCCAUUUACACUGCAAAAUGGUCAGAAGAGGGCAGAGCAAAUAUGUGUCUGUCUAAUAUUACGUGGGAUAUAGUGAAAUUUGGAUUACAUUUAGAGGACAAAAUAAGAUUUUGUCAUAAAUUGUUUGCUUAUGACGAUGAAGUAUUUUAUUCAGAAAUAUAAAGUUUUGAAAAUAUCAAUGCAUGUCUCUAUAAUCUCUCUAUAUAAAACACACCCAUUUAAUGUGUGUAAUGGUCAGAAGAGGGAAGAGCAAAGAUGUGUCUGUGUUGUAUUGUAAAGAAUGUCUUUCUCAUUUUAGGCUUGUAUUUGGUUUCUUGUGGGACAAAAAUAACACUGCAGUCAAUCAUUCCAUUAUGUAGAGAACUGAGCAAUGUCUCCCUUGCCUGAUACAGGUCACUACUUCAGCAUGGACUACUCAUCCCGGGAUGUUCAUGUGAGGAUCAUCACCCUGGGCUUCAUCUUUUACACUGUCGUGUUUCUCCUGUCCCACUUCAUAUCGAAACUGCUGUUUGUAACCUACCGCUUGCUGCCUGGCAAAGAAAAGUUUUUCUGGGAUUUAGCUGCGACUCGGGCAGUAUUCGGCAUCCAGAGCAUAAUAGCAGGUCUUCGAGCACUCUUGGAAGACUCUGCUGUACAUUCUGAUAAGAUCCUUGGGCAGGAAAACUGGUCAUGGUUUAACGUCCUGAUAGCUACUGGCUUUUUCCUAUUUGAAAACGUAGCUCUUCACUCAUCCAAUGUGGUGUUCUGGUCCUUUGAUCUGCCGUUAGCUGUGCACCACUUCUUUGCUUUGGCAGGGUUUGCUGGUGCAGUUGUGUGGGACUGGCUGGGUCAUUUUCUUCCUAUGGUGACCUUGCUGCUGGAAAUGAGCACACCCUUUACCUGCAUAUCCUGGAUGCUACUUAAGGCUGGCUGGUCUAAGACUCUGUUCUGGAAAGCUAAUCAGUGGAUGAUGAUCCACAUGUUUCACUGCCGGAUGGUUCUAUCCUACUAUAUGUGGUGGGUGUCCUGGAAUCAUUGGGAGGACAUGAAUACCCACAUCCCAUUAAUUCAGAGACUGUUGUUCUUUUUGGGACUUACCCUGCUCACCUUAUUUCUCAAUCCCAUGUGGACACAUAAGAAAACCUUACAGCUACUAAAUCCAGUGGAUUGGAACUUUGGGGAAAAAACUCCACCAGAGAACAGACCAGUCAUAGAUGAGCCACAGCACAAACACCAUGCCAGCUGAUUAACUGUUUGUAUGCGGGUAAUAUGAGCAAAUGGUAUUUUUUUUAUAGUUGUAUCGUCAAGCAUUGUUUGAAGGUUUAAUAAUUGAGGUUUAGUACUUUCAAAUUCGAGAUAAGGCACAUUUAGUUUGGUUUCUGUAUUCAGAUAGCCCUAACUCUAUAUUUUUAGUUGUGAUUUCAGGCUGUGGCUGAUGCAUGUUUCGUAUGUGUGUAACUUUUAACUGAAUGUGACAGUGGGAAAUGACAUUUGUGGGCUCUUUUUCAUCAACUUCCUGUUUAAGUUGGGUUGAACAUCAUGAAAAAAGCUUAUUAUUUGUGUUUAUUUGACUGUUUAAAACUGUUUUCGUUAUGCAUUGACAGUCCCUCAGGAUGCAAGGUCCUUGUCUUUGUCUCAAGUUUACUGCAGGGUUAAAGAUGACCAGAGUAGAUUUUUUUGUCUUGUUUUCACCUGUCAAAACUAAAUUUGGUUCUAAAUAAUCUCUGAUUUUUUUGCUUUGAAAACAUCACCUUAGAAUGAUCAGACUUUGGUGUACUUUUUCUUUCAGAUCAUUUCUUGUACAUACUGUUUAGUGAUGCCCCAUAGCAGUAGGCUGUGUGAUUUAAUCAAUGUAUUUUUCUUUCUGAGGCCUAUGGAUGUUUGAUUAACUCUUUCCUCGCUAUUGACGAGAUAACUUGUCAAUUAAGAGAAAAAGCUUCCCUGCCAAUGACGAGGAUUUCUGUCUUUCCGCAAUAUCGCUAUUAUCCACCAGGUGGUGCACUUCUGCAACUUAUACAACCCGGAAGUAGUGCCUCACGUGAAAGAACUCUGUUGCUGAGUCCCAAUUUGCAUACUAUCCGUCCUAAAUAGUAUUCGAAACUAGAAUUAGUACGUCCCAAAUCGUAGUAUGUUGAAAUGAGUAUCCCAAAAAUACCCGGAUGGUCUACUAUUUCCGGUUAGAAUUCGAAGUGCAGAUCAAUGCACACUCUAACGGCUAAUAUUGCCCACAACCCAUUGCGUGCGGGAGGGAGGAAAUUAACCACACUGACCUUCUUGCUUAUUUGUAGUAAUACUGUGGCUGUACAAAUGUUAACUUUAUUAGUCCAACAAAAGAAACAUGGUUACUACACUUUUACUAUAGUAAAAGCAUGGUUCACUUUCAUCUGGAUAUUUUUAAGUUAUAUAUAAGUAUAAAAUUAAGUAUAAAUACGUUAAACGGUAGUUAUACUGUAAACUUUUUAAUAUUUUGACUUUAAAAUAAGUAGCUUUUGUUACACACAUUGCACAUGAACGUCAGAGCCAGCCGCCUCACAAACGACCUGCGUUUGGUUCUAAUGACGCUCUGCUUCACUCCUCAACUUGGUAGAACACAAUGUAUUGUGAAAUGUAUUGUGAAAAAAAAUGACGACAAAAAAAAGGGAAUAGUAAAUAAAAUUAUAUUUGACAUAAGUUAUAAGAAUGAAUGAAAUAUUGUUAACAGUCAUGGUGUGUGUAACUAGGCAACCACGUUUUCGUUCACGUUGCAUGACGUCAUCGAAGUACGUCCCAGAACGUGCAUACUCUUUUGCUACACACUCAAAAGUAUGAACAUUUUCUUCACAAAAACAGUACAUACUUUUAGGUCGUAGUAUAAGUAGGCAAAUUGGGACUUAGCAUGUGUUUGUUUUAAAGGUCGCUCUGCAUCUGAUCUCUAUUAAAAAGUCCUUCACAAAAAUGGAUUUAUCUCAGCUUUUUGCUCAAAAUUGGGUGUUUUUGAAGAAACCUACCCAUAUUUGAGAGGUGAUAAAAAGAGAACUAAUGAAGAGGAUGAAACAGUUUUUUUGUUGUUUUUUUUUUAAAGAAGAGGGUCUGUUCUUUCAUUUGAUUUUGUGAUUUUGUUUGUUUAUAUAUUUAAAGAAGAAAAUUUUCUGGAAAGCAUUAAACUUUUGUGAAAAUCAUGAAA